CUCCCAGACAGGAGAUYGGGAAGACCCUGGUGCGGAAAACCGUGUCAUAACAUACUUGUUGAUCUUCUCUAUUAAAAUAGGCGGUCGUCAUCCUAGACGGACUAAAUCAGUGUAUAGGAGGAUUCUUAUCUAACCAUACGGCGGAGGAGAUAUAGAGUGCCACGGAGGCAACACCGUUUGAAACGGAAUGGGUCACAAACCGUGCCGAGAGUAGGCUAAUAAACCUAAUGCCGUUUCCUCCUUUUUCCUCGGAUAUUUAAUGUUUUCAACUCUGCCUCUUGCUACUGUCUGAUGAGCCAACCUAAAGUUAAGAUUCAAGGAUGAAAGAAAACAAGCACAAAUGUAGACUGUAACUUCUCCCCGUCCGGAUCUUGCCUGUUGGACAAAUUGGAACUCGGUGGAACUCUCGUUAGUURAAAAUGGAGAAAUCCUCAACGGGAUUGAAUAAGAAUGGCUCGCGAUCGACCGCAUCGCUACCCCCGGAACCGGCGGACAUAAUCCACAGCAAGUCAUGCUACCGCCGGGUAAGGCUCAACGUUGGGGGUCUUCCACAUGAGGUCCUCUGGAGAACGUUGGAUAGAUUACCYCGCACCCGGUUAGGGAAACUACGAGACUGCAACGCCCACGACUCACUCAUGGAGGUAUGUGACGACUACAACUUGGACGAGAACGAGUACUUUUUCGACCGGCACCCAGGGGCGUUCACGUCCAUUUUGAACUUCUACCGGACCGGUAAGCUCCACAUGAUGGAGGAGAUGUGCGCCCUGUCGUUUAGUCAGGAGCUGGACUACUGGGGCAUAGAUGAGAUCUACCUGGAGUCCUGCUGCCAGGCCAGGUACCACCAGAAGAAAGAACAGAUGAACGAGGAGCUCAAAAGAGAGCAAGACACCUUGAACGACAGAGAGGGAGAAGAGUUCGACAACACGUGUUGUGCUGAGAAACGAAAGAAACUCUGGGACCUUCUGGAAAAGCCCAGUUCGUCUGUCGCAGCCAAGGCACUUCAGGAUGGCACCCUGGAGAUUCCACCACCUGCAUCACUCCCUGGAGAUGAAGACCUGGGACCUGUUCCCCACGUCUUCAUCGGCGACGAGGCCUUCCCUUUAGACCAACCUCAUGAGGCCCUACGCUGGACGCCAGCUGCCAUUGCCAAAGCCUGUAAGGAUCUUUAA